AUGAAAUUGAUGUUCAUCACAGUCGCCUUGUUGGCGAUCGCCGCAGUAUCAUUUGCUGAGGAGGCUACGGAGAAAAAGGUAUCUACGGAGAAAAAGACGGAACUUAGCGAAAAUGGUACGGCUGUGCUCGACAAACUUCGUGCACUUCGCAAAGAGGAGGAGUCCCUGCUUGAUAAAAUCGAAAACGACAAUGACAGACUACUUAUCAACAAGGUUUUCAAGAAAGAACUUGAAGCCGAGGAAACCGAAGUGAAAACAGUACGAGUGAAACGACGCGCUAACAGACGUGCCGCCGCCAGACGUGCCAACCGAAGACGCUUCGCUCGUCGUCUUCGUCGCAACCAGCGUCGUGCCGCACACAAACGACGCGCCCACGCUCGCCGUCACCAGAGGAACCUUCGCCGCGCCGCCAGAAAAAUCCGCCGCAUUCAACGCCGAGGAUAG